UGUGACAGACUACAGAGUACCAACGUUCCAGCAAUGGCGUCCAACUUCCCCUCACUCGCCGGCCUCCUCGCCCCACGCCCGCUGCUCCUCUACGCGGCCACGUGGUCCGCCGUCGCCGCCAUGUCCGUGGCCGUGGCGGCUCUCGCGCCCGAGCUCGCCUACGUCUGGGGCGUCGCGCCGGGAGCGCCACUCACCAGGGCAUGCCCCGAUGGCAGCUUCGCUGGCGGCAGCAUCGGGCUGCCGCUCGACGGCCCGCCGUGGGACGCCGUCUGCGUGCCCGCCGGCCUCUUCGGCCGGACCGUGCCCGACGUGGUCGUCCCGCUUGUUUUCGCCGUCGUGGUUGUCGCCGGCGCCACCGCCUUCACCGCCGCCGUCGGCGUGUGGGAGGACGAUGAGGACGACAUCGAGAUCACCGAGGUAGGACAGGUGUAGUAGACUAGUAAUCUAGUAUGACGCUAGAUCACUCGAGAUGUACUACUCUCCAGUUUCUGAAAUUUGUCAGCGGCAACAAAGCAGAGACGAAGUCUUUCUGAACUUUCCGGCAACUGUCUCUGUAGCGAAUAUGUGACACUGAAGAAGUUUCAGGCAACAAAAAUCUCUGAAAGCAUGAUGAUUAUAGAGCUUCAAUCAAUAAUUCAAUCAUGCUUGAUCCAGCUAAUCAGGAUGCAUACGAGGGAGAUACGGCGACUCUGGUCAAAUCGGUGUAGGGGUCUGUACGUGGCUGGGUUUUACUUUUCUUUUUUUGAGGGAAUGCCAUUCGGCUCACUUUCUUUCAUCACAUGACUGUCACAUCGUUGACAAAGUCUGGAAGUAAAAUAGUAGGGGGAUCAUCGUCCCAGUACAUUGCUA